AUGCGGGCGAAGGAUUUAACGACGAUAAAGUUUGAUUUAAGAAAUACAAUGGCUUCAACAUCAAAGCUCGCUAAUAUUUGCCAUUUAAUAAAGAAGGCUUCCGCGAUGGUUCUGCGCUGGCUGCUGCUUUGCUGCGUGGUGCUGUGCGCCAGGCCGGUGCACCCCCAAGGGGCCCAGCAGUGUCCAACCCCAAACACCAUCACGCCCUGCAGCUGCACGGUCAAAAAGAACGGGCUGGACAUACUUUGCGAGUUCACAGAACAGCAACAUAUACAAAAGGCCAUGAACACACUGCGAUCGAAGCCGAUGAUUAUAUUCUACUUGAAACUCCGCCACAAUAACUUAGCCAAACUUCCGUCGUACAUUUUCCUGGGCCUCGACAUCCGCCACCUUACUGUGCACAACAGCAGCUUAGCUGUAAUUGAAGAUUCAUCACUGAGUUCUAUUGGAAACAAACUGACGCAACUCGACGUCUCUCAGAACAGUUUGGCUACGAUACCCACGUCAUCCUUCACGCAUCUCAAUCACUUGCUGAUUUUGAAUAUGAAUCACAAUAAGGUGACUGCCGUUCAUAACAGAGCUUUUAUCGGCCUCGAUACUUUAGAGAUUUUAACUCUAUAUGAAAACAGAAUAUCUGUUGUAGAUGCCGAGGCUUUCAAAGGACUGGAAAAAAAACUGAAAAGGCUGAACAUUGGAGGUAACGAACUAACAGCUGUACCCCAAAAAGCUUUAGCUCUGUUGGAAAACUUAAAAAAGCUAGAAAUGCAGGAAAACCGAAUCACCACGAUCACAGAGGGUGACUUUGCAGGGUUACGAAAUUUGGAUUCUUUGGGGCUUGCUCACAAUCAGCUGCGUGAAGUACCAGCUCAGGUAUUCUCGCAUUUGACCUUCCUGAACUCACUAGAACUGGAAGGCAAUCAAAUACAAAGGAUUGAUGAGAAAGCGUUCGCCGGCCUGGAAGAAAAUUUGCAAUACCUACGCCUGGGGGAUAACCGUCUCCACGACAUACCUUCGGAUGCUCUACGCCCACUGCAUCGCCUGCGGCAUCUUGAUUUGCGUUCUAAUAACAUUACGUAUAUAAGCGAGGACGCUUUUACCGGCUAUGGAGACUCUAUCACCUUCCUCAAUCUGCAAAAAAACAUGAUUCAUCAAUUACCGACAAUGGGCUUUGACAAUCUCAAUUCGCUGGAAACGCUCAAUCUGCAGAACAAUAAACUUCAACACAUUCCGGAAGAGAUAAUGGAGCCAAUAUUGGAUACACUGCGUGUGGUGGACAUAAUGGAUAAUCCAUUGAUUUGCGACUGCGAGCUGGCUUGGUACGAAGCUUGGUUGGCGGGUCUUAGGGACCGAGACGACGAGAUGAUGCAGAAGAAGCGGACAGUCUGCACUAUGGUGAACGAGCACCGGGAAUACAGCGUUGCCAAGAUGCCACUGGACAAGAUGACCUGUAAGAGGAAACCAGCGUACGGGCGAACCUCUAGCGCAAUCAAAACUUGCCCGAUUAUAACGACGAACGCCUUCCUCGUAAUCGCCGCUAGAUGGCUC